AAAUAUCGCGUAGCUUCCGGACCUGGGCCCCCAAAGUUAACCCACCUUUGGCUCCCCAGCUCUUCGUCCUGGCCGGAGUCUCGCGCCGCCGAAAACCCUCCUCCUCCCGCCGGAGCCUGCCUGCUAUCUCGGGCCGAGGGAACUCUUCCUCCUCCCACCCAUCCACCCGGACGCGGUUCCUCUCGCUGGUAAGGCAGCCCUAGCCGGCUAGGCCCGCGCCAAGCCGAUGGACGAAACCCUAGCCGCAGAAGCCGGUGCCGCCGCCGCCGCCGCCGCCGCCGCGACGGAGGAGAAGGCGGUCCCGGAGCGGGAGACGGAGACGCUUGAGGAGGUCAUCUCGAGGCAUAGGAAGGAGAAAUCCAAACUCCAGGAUAAGGAAACAAGUCUGAAGAAAGCAGCUGCCAAAGGCAGCAAAGCUGAGCAGAAGGCCAAGAAAAAGCAGGUCGAGGAAGAGAUAUCGCGCCUCUCAGCUGCAUUAGAGGCGAAACAUGCUGCAGAGCUUGCUACUUUUGGGUACAAACCCGCAGAAAGCUCUGAAAAGGGGAACCUCGACACAUUGGUGAAGGCCAUAGCUGGCGUUUCUGUUUCUAGCAAUGCAGAUUCCGCGAAGCCGGGGAAGGCUGCAAAACGGCGAGAGAAAAAGGCAAAGGAAGAAGCUGCUCGAGAGCAGCGAAUUCAAGAAGAACAAACCAAUCUUGUCAGUGAUCGCAUGUUAGAAGACGGGAAACUUGGAAGGAGGCUUGAGCCCUUGGGGCUGACCAUUCAUGAGAUAAAGCCAGACGGCCAUUGCUUGUACCGUGCUAUCGAGAACCAGCUGUCACUCCAUUCCAAGGGCACUACACAGUACAAUCACCAGGAGCUACGGCAAAUGACAGCCAAGUAUAUGAGAGAGCAUGCCGCAGAUUUCCUCCCAUUUUUCCUAUCGGAGGGCAAAGCCGAAUCUGGACCAGACCCCUCGGAGAGCUUUGAAAAGUACUGCGAGGAGAUGGAGUCCACCGCUGCUUGGGGUGGGCAACUCGAGCUUGGUGCUCUGACACACUGCCUAAAGAAGCACAUCGUCGUAUACUCUGGCUCCUUUCCGGAUGUAGAAAUGGGCAAAGAAUACAACAAGUCAGGACCAGGAGGUGACCCUAGCAUCAGGCUUUCCUACCACAGGCAUGCCUAUGGCCUCGGCGAGCACUACAACUCGGUGAUACCCACUGAGUUAUCUUGAGGCAGGAAACCAAAUGUACUUGGCAUGUGUUUAUCCAUGAGAAGUCUUUCUGGUCAUUCUCUGGUUGAGUGUACCAAAUCAUAGAAUAUGUUUAAAUGGGAUUUUACUUCCCAAACAAUUUUGCCUGUAAAACGGUUUUGUUUACUUAUUUUGCUGUGGCUGCGUACUGUGUUGACUCUUCUCAUCA